CCCACAGACGUCUAGGCUUGUCUAAAGGAUCAAACUGAGUUGUGUGACUUCCCUGUAGCACUCUUGUGCUCCUUGCUGAGUGUAGACCAAUAAAUGAAUGAAAACAGUGGCUAAUGAGGCAGCUGACAUUAAAGUCCGGAGGUGGAAUCCAGACCCCUGUGGUGAGAUCCACAACUCCAGUGCCACUGCUGACAGGCUGUGAGACAAGUGACAAAAAGAUUGGACUUUCAGUUGCUUUGAGGGUGUGCAUGCACAUGACUGAGAAAGAGCUCUCUGACAGGUCUAGUUUAAAUCUCAGCUCCAAUAAAACUCACAUCAUUCUGCAUGAAGCUUAGAUUUUUUUUCUCUCUGAUGUUUAAUCUGACAGAAAUGUAUCAUGAGCAUUAGAGAGGUCGUGAAAUCGUGCUUGGGUUACAGGUAAAUAUUUGUAGGGGGAGAGCAGAAAAACAGACCGUAUCUCUGGUGACUCUGGCGAGCCGCAGGCUCUUAGUAACACCCACUGAAGUGGUUUCCAACAGGAGCGAAUAUUUGUCUGAGGUAAUAUUAAAGUUGGAAAAAUUAAAAGAUUCGUACAGUUCAGUAUUUCUUAUCUCGAUAUGAGGACAUUACUCACAAUAACCAUGUAUUUAAAAAAAAAUAAGAGCACUCCAUUUCCUUCUCCUCUAUCCAUGACAGACAGACUCAAUAGAAGGUCACACCACAUGAAGUCUGGGACUCACCUAUGCAGCCCGAUAUGGGGGGGAGGAAUAAACGCUAAUUAUGAGAGGAGGCAACCUUUCCCAUCCCUCCUACCCACUUAACUCCUCAGUGUCUCCUCAUUUGCUUCUGUAACAUUGGUAAUGUGAGCUUCGUAUAUCCAACAAUAAAGUUCAGUUUCUGCAGUUAGAAUCUUUCUUGGAGCUUCUCUGCGGAGUAAGCUGAACCGCCUGCUAAGGAUCGAUCUUGGUUACGAAGUGUGCUGAGCAGAAUGUCCAACAAUAUGGCCAAGAUUGCAGAUGCUCGGAAGACAGUGGAGCAGUUAAAACUGGAGGUUAACAUCGACAGGAUGAUGGUGUCUAAAGCAGCCGCUGAGCUGAUGUCAUACUGUGAAUCUCACGCCAAAGAAGAUCCGCUUGUCGCUCCUGUGCCCAACUCUGAGAACCCCUUCAGAGAGAAGAAGAUUUUCUGUGCAAUUUUGUAGCUUCUAGUUUACUCUCCUAAUCAAAUUCGACUGUUUAUUUCAGUGGUUAGGUCCAUGAACACGUUUAGGUCAGCUUCAUUUUUAAGGAUACUGUUCCCACCUCUUCUCAGCUGAACUUGUUCCAGAUGUUCCAGUAGAACUGUAUUAACAAUAGCGCCAUUCAUUUGUAGAAACAUUUUAUUGAAUAUCAUUUGUUUAGUUUCCUUUUUGUACACAUGAAUUCAAGAAAAUGAUGAUGAUGAUGAUGAUGAUGAUGGUGAUGAUGCACCGCAACAUCUACACUAAAAAACUUAGUGUAGCAUGAAACGUCUUCAUCUCUAAUAAAUCAGUC